GAAACGCCUCCUUCAUUUCCCAUCAUCCUUUGCGCCCAGCAGCAGACCCACAACACGACUGGCUACUAACGUUAGCCGAAGAUUCAGCAAAACCCAUCAGUUCAGAUUUUAAAUUAAUAGUUUACAGUCUUGUUUCCACUAUGAGAGAUGUUAGCGGGUUCCUCAAACAGCAGCAGAGCAACAGCUCCACGCCGGAGAUGGCGACGGAGUGGCACACAUUGGAGGAGUUUCACAACAAAAGAUUGUGGCAUCAGUUGACUCUCAGGCUGUCAGACUUUGUUAAAGAUCCUUGCUUUGAUACCGGAGAUGGCCUCAUACAGCUCUAUGACAACUUCAUUAGUGACUUUGAACACAGAAUCAACCCAUUGUCCCUCAUGGAGAUGAUACUGUAUGUUAUCAGACAGAUGAAAGAUCCUAAUGAUGCCAUCACCUUUCUCGAAAAGACCCGGGAAAAGGUGAAAAGCAGCGAUGAAGCCGCCAUUCUCUGCAGGACUUCUAUCGGCAGACUUAAGCUGGAGAUCAACGAUCUUCCUGCCACAAAGAAACUCAUUGAAGAGGUCGAGGGAAUGUUGAACAACUUGCCCGGGGUGACGUCGGUCCACGGACGGUUUUACGAUCUCUCCAGCAAAUACUACCGCAUCAUCGGGAACCACGCCUCCUACUACAAGGACGCUCUGCGCUACCUCGGAUGUGUGGAAAUUAAAGACCUGCCAGAGACGGAGAAGCAGGAACGGGCGUUCACACUUGGGCUGGCUGGACUCUUAGGAGAAGGAGUUUACAACUUUGGAGAGCUUCUGAUGCAUCCUGUACUGGAGACCCUGAGGAACACAGACAAACAGUGGCUCAUCGAUACACUGUACGCCUUCAAUGGAGGAAAUGUGGAGAAGUUCCAGAGCUUCAAGUCUGCCUGGGGCCAACAGCCUGACCUUGCAGCACAUGAGGCUAAACUGAUGCAGAAGAUCCAGCUGCUCUGCGUGAUGGAGAUGACUUUCACUCGUCCUGCAAACCACAGACAGCUCACCUUCACCGAGAUCUCUGAGAGUGCCAUAAUCCCCGUCAAUGAGGUGGAGCUGCUGGUGAUGAAGGCUCUGUCUGUGGGCCUGAUCAAAGGGAACAUUGAUGAGGUGGACCAGAAGGUGCAGAUGACCUGGGUGCAGCCCCGGGUGCUGGACUUGCAGCAGGUCAAAGGAAUGAAGGAGCGUCUGGACUUCUGGUGCGGAGACGUGAAGAACAUGGCCAUGCUAGUGGAGCAACAAGCCCACGACAUCCUCACCUAGACCCCCUUCUCCCCGUCAGGCCAGGGAGGAAACCUCAUCACAAGAUUUCUGUUUUGUAUUGUUUGUCUUUCUAUCAGAUGUUGAUUCUUCACGCUUUAUACCAACCUGUAAAAAUACACUCUGGUAUUUUACAAAUAAACAACUGGUUGCAUCAUUAUUAUCCUCACCAUAUGGUCUUUAAAAACAUUGUCUAAAAUAUGAAUAAAAAUGACCAGAAAAACUCA